UUAGUAGUUCCUUAUAGUCUCAUACAGGUGGCUGAUUUUAUUCGUAUAAAUAACACGUAAAAGAGUUAAUAAAAGGGUUAAAAUAAGAUUCAUGUUCGCAACAAUGCAUUCGUCAUUAAAAAAAUUAAACGCCAACGGCAAUUUCCGGUUCAGAACCUUAUAACGUACCGAUAACAUUGUCCGAUUAUCGGCUUUCUGUGAUACGAUAAUCUAAGUAAAUCACAGAGGGGGAAUAUUUCUCCAUUUCCUUCCUCGUUUGCGCGAAGGAUGGUAGCCAGGGACGCGAAACAAAAAGUCGCGCACUAUCGAUUUCGAGGUAUCGAGAGAAAAGACGACGCGGCCGUUUGCUAGUGCAACGUCCUAGCUAACCAUGGUGUUUGAGGUGCACGCUUGAUAAUGACAGGGCUUGCCAGUACGAUAACUGGAAGAAGGAAGGAAUUAUAGGCUAUGGGCAUCUCGUAAAUAUAAGCCGUAUAGCUAAAGCUACACUUUAACGUCAUCGCUUCUUCCUGGGAACUUCGUGAUUUUCGCUUACGCGCGUAUUUGUUGAGAGAGGCAAUUCAGCCCGCGAGAAGACUCGACGAUUGUUUUUCCGGAAGAUGAUACGCGAUAAAUUCAUAUUUGUAUUUGUCUUUUAUCCUCUCGGGAAUUGAUUGACAAGCUUUCUGAACGUGAUGAUCUUUGAAUAUUAUCUUGAUUACAUUAAAGUCUUUGAAAUAUAUUAUUAAUUAAAAAAUCUAUUUUGCAACAAAUUAUAAAAUAUAAAAUAUAGUUCUCUUUAUACAAAUGAUAACGAACAAGUUUUUAUUUGAACUCUUGAAUGAUGCAAGCAGAAAUCUCUUUCUCUUCUUAUCUAUUCGAUUAUAAUUUAUCGCGAAUAGAAAUUUUAAUAUUGUACGGCUAAUAUAUAGUAUGUUUAUCGUUUCAAUAAUAUACUGAAAAAAGUUCCAAGGCAGAAAAAUUCUGUUAGAGAUAUUUUGAUCAUCGUCACGUUGACUUUAAUAGCGGAAGAAUUAAAAGCGAUAUCCCAGCUCACUUCUUACAAACCUGCAAUGCAUUAUGUAUGUAAUGUAGCGUAACCUGUAAGGCGAUUUUUCAACACACGAAGGAUGUAAUUUUACGGUUGGCUAUCAUCGCCUUUUGUAGCGGAAGGAUUAAAAGCGAUAUUCGCGUACAAUAUUGUAGCACACCUGACCUUGCCUUAUAUCAAUUUUGAAUUAAAUUUCUUCCUGCAUGAAAUUUAGCCGCGUAUACACGCUUUAUCCUUUGCGUCAUUUUGUUCAUGAAGCAAUUCAAGCUAUAGAACGUUUUUAUUUCUUUGAGUACAGUUGUGAAAUUCAAAGCUCGGUCAAAAAAUUGAAAAGAUCAUUAAUCAGCCGUUUUUUUGAACUCGGUUGUGUCAAGCCGAAGAGAAACGCUAAUGAAAUUUAACAGCACGCAUGCAUGCGUGUCAGUGACAAAUCUACUUCAUCUUUUGUAGGAUCAUUUCCGCGUGGCCGUUUUACUAUUGUCUAUUAUUGUCACCUCGAAAAGAAUCCUAACAAUUAUUCGUCCCACAGGACUGGACCGAUCCACAUAGGAUUAUUUGGGCAUAGAGAACUCACGGACUCGAGCUCAUUGUACAAUGGACAUUCACAUACAUUUACACAUCAAAACUAUAUUCUACUACAUGCACUUUUGCGAAUGAUAAUGUAGUGCAUAGUUAAGCAAAAAGAGAAGUAAAAGAUAAUUUAAACUAAGAGGAAAAGGAAUAAGAGUAGAUUGCUUAGAUGUAUAUUUGUUAGGAAACUUUAUUAACUUGGAAACGCUACAGGCCUAAAGAAAGACAAUCAUCCACGAGGGUCUACGUCAUGGGUGAGAUUCCUACUCCGAGUGCCAUACGGUUUAUCAAGAUUCCAACACGUUUUCAAGCACGGGGAUUACCUUUCAGCAAGUUGCUUAAGGAGCUGUUGGCGGACCGCGCAAUCGUGGGCGGAUGAUUUAUAUCGCGGAUGGGCUCGUUUGCGAUCGGAACGGUAGCAGCCACGGCCGCGAGCCUGAUAUUCAUGGCGCUGUUGGCGAGCGGCAACGCUGCGUUGGCCAGAACGGCGUUCGAGAAGCUCACCGACUACGAUUACCGCGGCACUACCUAUUACAGCGUGAGGAAUCUGUCGUUGUACGAGUGCCAAGGAUGGUGCAGGGAGGAGACGGAAUGUCAGGCCGCCGCGUUCUCGUUCGUCGUGAAUCCCUUGGCGCCGAUGCAGGACACCCUCUGCCAGCUGCAGAACGAAACGGCCGCCACGAAUCCGGCCGCGCAGCCCCAAAGGGCCGCCAAUAUGUACUACAUGACGAAAUUGCAGAUAAGAUCCGAGAACGUUUGUUUGCGACCUUGGGCCUUCGAGCGCAUCCCGAACAAGAUGAUUCGCGGAUUGGACAACGCAUUAAUUUACACAUCCACAAAGGAAGCUUGUCUCGCGGCUUGCUUAAACGAGCAUCGCUUCACCUGUCGUUCCGUGGAGUAUAAUUACGUGACGCUCCAGUGUCAUCUGAGCGAUUCAGAUCGUCGAACGACGGGUCAAUACGUUCAAUUCGUAGAGGCGCAAGGAGUAGAUUACUUCGAAAAUUUAUGUUUAAAAGGAAAGGAGGCCUGUAAGGCUCAAAGGAUCUUCCAAAUGCCCCGAAUCGGCGUGGCGGACGAUAAGGUUGCACAAUACGCGGGCCUGCACUAUUACACCGAUAAGGAGAUGCAAGUCCAAAGCGAGUCCGCUUGCCGAUUAGCCUGCGAAAUCGAGAACGAGUUUCUUUGCAGAUCCUUCCUUUACCGUGGCGCACCUCAAGGGUCAGCUUACAAUUGUCAGCUUUUCCAUUUGGAUCACUGGACUCUCCCGGACGGACCUUCGACAUAUCUUAACGCGGAGAGACCUUUGAUCGAUAAUGGAGAACGAGUUGGCACCUACUUUGAGAAUUUCUGUGAAAAGGGUACCGGCCCAAUAUCAGACCCGUUGCCGGUUGUUUUCGAGACCACGGAAGAUUCUACGAUAAACAAUCUCACUCGAAACGACAUUAAUUGUGACAAGACCGGAACUUGCUACGAUGUGUCGGUCGACUGCAAAGAUACUCGUAUUGCCGUCCAAGUUCGUACAAAUAAGCCUUUCAAUGGGCGUAUUUACGCUCUCGGACGAUCUGAGACGUGUAAUAUUGAUGUUAUUAAUAGCGAUCUCUUCAGGCUCGAUCUGACGAUGAGCGGACAAGAUUGUAACACUCAGAGCGUGCGUGACGGUUUUCAGACUGGAAUAUAUUCGAACACGGUUGUACUGCAACAUCAUUCCGUGGUAAUGACAAAGGCCGACAAAAUCUACAAAGUUAAAUGUACAUACGACAUGUCCUCGAAGAAUAUUACAUUCGGCAUGAUGCCGAUCAGGGAUCCGGAAAUGAUAAGUAUCACUAGCGCACCGGAAGCACCUCCACCGAGGAUUCGCAUCCUCGACAGCCGAUCGCGAGAAGUUGAAACUGUACGCAUUGGUGACAAAUUGACGUUUAGAAUCGAAAUCCCGGAAGACACUCCUUACGGCAUUUUCGCUCGCAGUUGCGUAGCUAUGGCAAAGGAUUCGAAAAGCACAUUUCAAAUUAUCGAUGACGAAGGAUGUCCCGUCGAUCCUUCCAUCUUCCCCAGUUUCACUCCCGAUAAUAACGCUUUGCAGUCUGUAUACGAGGCCUUUAGGUUCACCGAAUCUUACGGCGUGAUUUUCCAGUGUAACGUGAAGUACUGUCUAGGACCUUGCGACCCGGCCGUUUGCGAGUGGGGACGUGAAUCCGUGGAAUCGUGGGGCAAGAGACGCAGAAGAAGUAUUGCGAACUCGACAGAGGAGAAAACCGAAGACAUGACUCUGUCUCAAGAGAUCUUGGUGCUUGACUUUGGCGAUGAGAAGCAGUCCGAUUUUCUGAAGAGUGAUGCCAGCAUAGACUUCAACGAAGCAGAUAAAACAGUGACCAUCGUAGAGCCAUGUCCAACGAAAACCUCAGUGCUGGCGCUCGGGGUAACGUGCGCUCUUCUGGUGCUCAUUUAUAUCUCCACGAUCUUCUGUUACUAUAUGAAGAAGUGGCUGACACCUCGCAAAAUGAUGCCUUAAAAAAUGCAAAGGAUUCGUUCGCGGAGCGCAUUUGCAAAAGUAAAUGGAAAAAAAAAACGAUGGGAGAGUGCGAGAGUUCACACAUACAUUCACACGCACAUACACGCAUACUCAUGUCGUAAGUUAUCAAAGGAUUCAUACUUCGCCCUUUCAUACCUUAUUGUAUGUUCAUUUUCAUUAUAUCUACAAUGGAUAAAGCGCACGCAUAAGAAGAUGGAAGAUAAAAGAUCACUAUCCGAAAGAGGUAAUCAUAUUAUCGUAACGCGUAUCGAAACUGCCCUUAAUGCAUUUAAUAUUCUAUGCAACAUCAUUGAUAAUGAUUAUAGAAAUCGAUUAUAUGAUGUCCGAGUGAAUACUGAUAUUAUCAGUAACACUGAUGCUCAUUAGUAUAGACCGACAUUUUUAAAGAAUUAUUUAAAGCUAUCAAUAAUAGAACGCGCGAAAAUAAGUCUGCAUAAAUAUUAAAAAUUACUUUGACUGACGCGAUGAAGAUUAUACGAAUUUCUUGUACUAUACAUAUAUUGAAAUGCAAACACCUACGCGAGCUCGGGACUUUCGAACGAAGAGGAUGACUCGACUCUUCUAAGCUGAAGUAAUAUUUAGCAAGGCUUACACAGCUCACGAAUAUCAUAACUUUUACGAAGGUGGCCGUAUUUUAAGACGGUCACAGAUUAUAUAAGAAAAUGCAUAAAUUGUAACAGUGCAAUAUUACAUUUUCGUUUAAUUCUAAAUAUAUUAGAUGACUGCCAGGCUUUAAUAUACAUAUUCACUUCGUGUGGACGUGUGUAUUUAACAAACUACUUAUUUUUGGCCACCAAAAUGUGCCGAAAUAUUGUUGAGAUAGCAAUCGCGACUGGAUUUUGCUGACGCGAUUUAUCUUUGACGUAUGAGGAAAGCACAAUGCUACAUCAGCGACUGUGAUUGAAAUUUGAAUGAUGGUUUGCGCAUGUCGGACUUUGAAGGUGUUUGUCGAAAAGUUGGCGACCGACUCUUUCCGCACACAUACAUACAGACACACGUAUACGUACACAUACGACAUACUUCGCGGAGCUCACUCGCGACUAAGACCACCUUGAAAAUGCAAUCAGUAGACUUUAUUUAAGAGAAUAUUCUUAGAAACAGCUAACUGUGUCCUCUAGUGGCUACUUCUGAUCGGGGUGCAAGGAGAACAGGAGCGAGCGACGAAUUUAUUUUUCGUCUUGCUCAAAGUAAAAUUUUCGGCAUUGUCCGAACGAUUGACGCAGUCCCGGGUUUUAGUUAACGGAGAUCGAUUUGUAACCCGCAUCAAGACUAGCGGUAUUUAAAGGUUCACGCUUCACUAACGUCUUUAAUGAUACAAGUAGCGUUAAGAUAGUGAUUAAGCAUAGACGAAAGAAGGGAAAAAAAAUAACCGAGAAAAUAUUUUCUUGGAUUUAGCGGAUUCUUGAAGCUGUUCGUACUUUUUACUAAAAAAUUCCUUUCGAUGAAACUUUAGUUUUUGAAAAAAAAAAAAAAAAAAAAAAA